AUGGCAAAGUUACCUAAAAGCGGGAAAGAGCGAAACGUGUCUUUUUGCAAUGCAUGUUGUGUGUGCAUGAGUUACAAGAAAAUUUUAAGUUUUGUCAUUUAAAACUGUGUGUGUUUUCUGCAAACUUUGCGCAAAAACUUUAAACAUAGCAAUCAUGUUUGACGACGAUUGGGAACCAGCACCUUUAACCGCCCUUGGAAACACAGAUUUUCGAGGUGCAAGUUCUUUUGAUAACCCGUAUUCCAAGAAAGAUGAUGGUGGUUUUGGUUCAGGUUUUGGUGAUAGCCGUGGAGGUGCACGCAGCAAAGGUUGUUUUAAAUGUGGAGAAGAAGGUCAUAUGUCCAGAGAAUGCCCGCAGAACACUGGAUCAGGUUUUGGUGAUAGCCGUGGAGGUGCACGCAGCAAAGGUUGUUUUAAAUGUGGAGAAGAAGGUCAUAUGUCCAGAGAAUGCCCGCAGAACACUGGAUCAGGUUUUGGUGAUAGCCGUGGAGGUGCACGCAGCAAAGGUUGUUUUAAAUGUGGAGAAGAAGGUCAUAUGUCCAGAGAAUGCCCGCAGAACACUGGAUCAGGUUUUGGUGAUAGCCGUGGAGGUGCACGCAGCAAAGGUUGUUUUAAAUGUGGAGAAGAAGGUCAUAUGUCCAGAGAAUGCCCGCAGAACACUGGAUCAGGUGACAGACAUUCAAACGCAUAUUUUAAAGGUGGAGAUCACGCUGCUCAGGAAUAUCAUAAGGCUGGAGACGGAGAUAAACCUCGUCCUCCUCUGUACAUUCCCCCCCCACCUCCUGAGGAUGAGGUUGAAAUGUUUGCUAGCAUGCAGCGAGGAAUUAACUUUGGGAAGUACGAUGCCAUCCCUGUGGAGGUGAGCGGACUCAACGCUCCGAAGUGCAUUUCAACUUUCGAGAUGGCAAACCUCCAAGAAACAAUACUGGUGAAUGUGCAGAAAGCAGGUUAUGACAGACCUACACCUGUGCAAAAAUACAGCAUUCCCAUUAUUAAUGCUGAUCGUGACUUGAUGGCAUGUGCACAGACAGGAUCUGGCAAAACGGCUGCGUUUUUGCUUCCGGUCCUUACUAAGCUGGUUGAAUCGGGUGUAAAGUCGUCUGAAUUCAGUGAAAAGAAAACUCCACAAGCGAUUAUAAUUGGCCCAACAAGAGAACUUGUAAACCAGAUUUUUCUGGAAGCCCGUAAAUUCUCACGUAGCACCAUUAUUCAUCCAGUGGUUGUAUAUGGGGGCACCAGUGUUGGUUACCAAAUAAGGGCUGUACAAAAAGGUUGUGACGUAUUGAUCGCAACCCCUGGUCGUCUGAUGGAUUUUAUUAACCGUGGCUUGAUUGGUCUGGAGAAUGUUCGGUUCAUUAUCCUCGAUGAAGCAGAUCGGAUGUUGGAUAUGGGGUUCGAAUCUGAGAUCAGGAAGCUUGUAUCUUUACCAGGGAUGCCACAGAAGAACAAUCGUCACACGCUUAUGUUCAGCGCGACAUUUCCAGAUGAAAUACAAAAACUUGCUCACGACUUUCUCCGGGAGGACUUCCUGUUCCUCACAGUAGGAAGAGUAGGGGGAGCAUGCUCCGAUGUCACGCAAACAGUGAUCUCCGUGGAGUGGAAAGACAAACGCUCCAAACUACUCGAGCUUAUUGCAGAUGUUAAUGAAACCAAGAGUCGUACUCUUGUUUUCGUGGAAACCAAGAGAGGAGCUGAUUUCCUCGCUUGUGUUUUAUGCCAAGAAGAUUUCCCAACCACAAGCAUCCAUGGAGAUCGUUUACAACAAGAUAGAGAGCAAGCACUCCGUGAUUUCAAAUUAGCAGUUUGUCCAAUACUUGUUGCUACUUCAGUUGCUGCAAGAGGAUUAGACAUACCAAAGGUAGAGCAUGUGAUUAACUAUGACAUGCCGAGAGAAAUAGAUGAAUAUGUGCAUCGAAUCGGACGUACUGGUCGUUGUGGUAACCUGGGACGCGCAACUACAUUUUUUGACAACAAAAAAGACGCAAAUCUGGCUCGCUCACUUGUUAAAAUUCUUUCCGAGGCUCAACAAGAAGUUCCAGGUUGGUUGGGGGAAUGUGCAGAGUCUGCUGUUGGUUCGAAUUUCGGAGCAGAAAAAGGAAGAUUUGGUGGAAAAGACCUUCGGGAGAGAGGUGGAGAAGGGAUUACUGGUUUCGGAUCAAUGGGUGGUGGAAGUGGAGCAAGGAGCACUGCUGAUUAUGAUUAUAAUGAUGGUGGUGGUUUCGACUGUGUUGGUGUGAAUGACGAUGAUGACUCGUGGGAUUAACUCUUAUUGGAAUUGAAAAGAAACCGAACAUUGCCAAAUAUCUGAAAAAGAUUCUACAUUCUGUACCACUGUUUAUUUUCUCUCCUUUUCACGGAGGUUACUUCUGUUGUUGGUUGUUUUUUCUGUGACUUCUGCACAUAAUGCAUGUUCAAAUACCACUUACUGCUGGCUGCGCUAAGCUACGUACUUCCACCUACAGUGUUGAUACGUCAAGCUUGUCCAUUGCAAACAAUUUUGCAAAAUCAUGAUGCUUCGUUUUUGAAUCUGCUGUUAGACUUCUUUAUUUUGCUAGAAGUGGUUUUGCAUAAAAAUCUGUCAUUAUUAUACAACAGAGUGGUUGUAGCUGGUGCAGUCAAAUUUGAAUUUGAUUAUUGUGAGAAUUUUUUAUGUUCACACACUUUUGUCUUUCAUUUUCCCUUCUACGUGGAAUUAAAUACAACACUUCGUUAUUAGCUC